AUGGGCGUCGCGAUCUCGCAGCCUGCGGAUGGCCGCGACUGCAAGGACAGCCCCUUGGCCGUGGCAGCCGUCGCGGAGAUCACGCAGUUCACAUUGGUACAGCUCCAGGCGCUGCAAGCCAUGUGGUGCUCUGAGGACUCCAGGGAGGAGGGCGACUUGGCGACAAGAGAAGCGGAUCUGGGCUGCGAGGAAUUCGAGGCGGCACUGAACAGCGUCAAUUUCGCAGCCUCUGACCGCGCCAUUUUCGAUCGAUUGUUCACGCUGAUGGAUCGCACGGGGGACGAGCGAGUCCUCGCCACCCAGUUUCUAAUUGGAGCUUCGGUCUUGCUUCGGGGGCCUCUCGACGUCAAGCUUCAAGCUGCACUGCAAUUCGCUAGCGACGCGGACAGUUCGCCUGGAUUCGAAGGGGGAUUAUCUCCUGACGCGCUGAUUUUUGCUCUCACAACAAUCGCUGCCGUUGCGAGCUUUUUCGGGGACCCACUCGUGCCUUCAGGCGAUAUUAACCGCGUAGUGGAGGACCUUAUUGGGGCAGAUGGCAAUUGCUCGUGCGAUGAGCUCGUUAAAAGUCUGGAGGACCACUCGCUCGUUCAGCAGUAUGCGUAUUCACGAGACUGCGACAAUUAA